CACAAACAAUAAAGUAAGUACGAGAAACACUCAAACAACUGAUUGUUAUAGCUACUCCAUUCAAACCCAAGUGUUUCUUUAUGUAUACUCAGCCUCUUUCUCUCUUGCUUUCUCUGUCUCUUUAUAUAUACCGAGUCUGAGCCUCUGUUUCUUUGAUUUUGAUCCACCAAGGGAAGCAUUUGAAGCUUAGCCUCUGUUUCUUUGAUUUUGAUCCACCAAGGGAAAUUACGUUCGAAGCUUUUUUGAGUGUCUGGGAGUUCCAGCUACAUGGGGACGUAUAGGAUGUGCGUGUGCUUUACGAGGAGGUUUAAGGUCACGGAGGCGGAGCCACCGGCGGACGUGAAGCGAACGUUUAAGAAGUACGCGGAGGGUGGCACCCACAUGACGCCGGAGCAGUUGCGAAGGUUCUUGGUGGAGGUUCAGGGUGAGGGCGGCGCGUCGAUCUCAGAUGCGGAGCGGACUGUGGAGCAGGUCUUGCAGAAGCGGCACCAUAUGGGCAAGUUCCCCAGGAAACGUACUCUCACCAUUGAUGACUUUCACCAUUACUUGUUCUCUGCGGAGCUCAAUCCGCCUAUCGGAGAUAAGGUUUACCAGGAUAUGACAGCUCCAUCGUCUCAUUAUUUCAUCUAUACCGGUCAUAAUUCAUACCUGACUGGUAACCAACUCAAUAGUGACUGCAGUAUUCUCCCAAUUAUAAAUGCACUGAAGAGAGGUGUAAGAGUGGUGGAGCUUGAUAUGUGGCCAAAUAACGACACAAAAGAUGGUGUUCAUGUUUAUCAUGGAUGGACACUGACAACCCCAGUGGAACUUAUUGAAUGCUUAAAAUCCAUUAGAGAGCAUGCCUUUUCUGCAUCACCAUACCCUGUCAUAAUAACUCUUGAAGACCACCUUACCCCAGAUCUCCAGGCUAAAGUAGCCCAGAUGAUCACUCAAACAUUUGAAGAUAUGUUGUUUCAUCCUGAAUCUGAAGGUUUAAAAGUGGUCCCUUCACCAGAAGAAUUGAUGUAUCGGAUUAUUAUUUCCACCAAACCUCCAAAGGAAUACCUUACAGCUAAAAGUAAGAAGGGAAACAGAGAUAAUUCACUGAAGGAAAAGGAUUUUGAUGAAGACGAUGAUCAUAUGAGUGAUAGUGAUUCAAGUGAACCCGAUCAAGAUGAUGAGGAUAAGGAAGAAUUUGAUCAUGAAUCACAUCCACCAGUUGCAUGUACAUACAAGAGUCUAAUUGCCAUUCAUGCUGGAAAACCCAAGGGUGGUCUAAAGGAGGAAUUAAAAGUUGAGGCUGACAAAGUUAGACGUCUUAGCUUGAGUGAACAAGCACUUGAAAAGGCUGUUUUAUCUCAUGGAAUGGAAGUUGUAAGAUUUACACAGAGAAAUUUCUUGAGGAUUUACCCCAAGGGCACUCGAUUUAACUCCUCCAACUACAACCCCCUAAUUGGUUGGGCGCAUGGAGCUCAAAUGGUUGCAUUUAAUAUGCAGGGACAUGGUAAACAUCUUUGGUUAAUGCAUGGGAUGUUUAGAUCCAACGGGGGUUGUGGUUAUGUGAAAAAGCCUGAUCUUCUAAUGAAUAUGGGUCCAAAUAGUCAGGUGUUUGAUCCUAAAGCAAAUUUGGAAGUAAAGAAGACCUUAAAGGUGAAAGUGUAUAUGGGAGAUGGAUGGAAUUUGGAUUUUAGUCAAACACACUUUGAUAAGUUUUCGCCGCCAGAUUUUUACACCAGGGUUGGCAUAGCAGGAGUGCCAGCUGAUAACAUAAUGAAGGAAACAAAGAAAAUAGAGGAUGACUGGACUCCUGUUUGGGAUGAAGAGUUUACAUUUCCAUUGACUGUUCCUGAACUGGCUUUGCUUCGAGUUGAAGUGUACGAGUACGACAUGUCCGCCGGGAAGGGCGAUUUCGGUGGCCAAACUUGUUUGCCAGUUUGGGAAUUGCGGCGAGGAAUCCAUGCAGUUCCCCUUUUUGAUCGUAAAGGAGAGAAGUACAACUCUGUAAAGCUUCUUUUGCGAUUUGAGUUUGUCUGAGCAUAGAUAGUUUCCUUCUUGUGUACUUAUUUUGGUUGGGUUAUAUCCCUAUCCAAUGUCUGCUCUUUCCAUGUAAUAUAGUCUUACUUUCAAGCUUACAAAGCUGUUACUCUCUACUGCUGUAAUUGAUUUGUGGAUUCAAGGAUCCACUUGAGUUUGUGUUCUUCAAAUAAAGCAGGAUAUUUGACCUUGUAGAAGAA